UAAUGCAGCCUGUACCUCCGCAGAACAAAAUACUCUAUUCAUAUGCGGUUUACUUAAAAACAAACAACCCCCUCGGACCCUUCACAAUCACAUUCCCUCUUUUUAAUUACUAAACGCACAGAAGGCUCGAUGAGGAUGACAGGAGAUUACGCGGAUAAUUUCUUCGGAGAAAAAGAGGACAACAGCGCUGUUUUGGAGAUGUUUGGAGUUGGCUCGACUAGAGCAGAUGUCAGUGAAGAUUAUGGUCCUGGGCGUCAGGAGCCAGAGUCCCCCCACAUUAAGGAGGAAGUGAAGGAUGAAGAGCCCCCCUGCAUUCAAGUAAAAAAGGAGCCAGAGCCUCCUCUCAAUAAAAAAGAUGAAGAGCACACUCACAUCAAAGAGGAGGAAACGCAUCGCCACACCCUGGAGGAUGAAGGAAAGCCUCCCUACAUCAAAGGGGAGGAGGAGGAGCAAAAUAUCUGCAAGUGGCCACUGAAUGGUGACCUGUUGAAAAGUGAAGAUGAAGGACAAAGUGAAGCGAGCAGAGGGGCAGACCCUCUAUGUAGCAGCUCAUAUCAACACUUGACAACAGAAGGUGAUGGAGGAUCACCAUCAUGCGGUGAUGACAUAACGCCAUGUUCUACUGAGAAUGGUGAUAAACCGUCUGAAGAUGAUAUAACAUGUGAAACUGAAAAACGGUGGCAAUGUUCUCAGUGCGGGAAAAUGUAUACUUAUGCGAAGAGCUUGAAGAGGCAUAUGAUUUGCCACACUGGUGAGAAACCUUUUUCCUGCUCAGUUUGUGGUCAAAGAUUCUCUCGGCAGCAUCACUUAAAAAUACACUCAAGAACCCACACUGGUGAGAAACCUUUUACCUGCUCAGUUUGUGGACAAAAAUUCUCACGGAACGGUACCUUAAAAACACACACCAGAACACACACUGAUGAGAAACCUUUUGCCUGCCCAAUUUGUGGCCAAAGAUUCUCUCGGAGGGGAACCUUAAUAACACACACAAGAACACACACUGAUGAGAAACCUUUUUCGUGCUCAGUUUGUGGCCAACUAUUCUCUCAGAAGAAAAACUUAAAACGUCAUACAAGUAAACACACUAAUGAGAAACCUAUUUUCUGCUUAGUUUGUGGUCAAAGAUUCUCACGGAAGGAAAGCCUAACAAUUCACACAAGAACCCACACAGGUGAGAAACCCUUUUCAUGCACGGUUUGUGGUCAAAGAUUCUCUCAGAAGGGACACUUAAACAUCCACACAAGAACACACACUGGAGAGAAACCAAGGAUUCUCUCAGAAGGGAAGCUUAACAAUUAAAACUAGAACCCACACUGGUGAGAAACGUUGUAUCCUGUGUAGUUCGUGGUCACAGAUUUUCAGAGAAGGGAACCUUAAGAAAUCAUAUAAAACCCACACUGGUGAGAAACCUUUUGCUUGCACAGUCUGUGCCAAAAAUUCUCUCACAAGGUAACUUUAAAACGUCACAGAGGAAGACACUGUUGAGAAGCCUUUUUCCUGCACAGUUUGUGGUCAAAGAUUCUCUCUAAAGCAUGGUGAAUCGAUCAUGUGUUUUUGUUUGAAAUUAUCAUGAGUAGGGGUCUUCUUUAUACAAGUAAAUAUUUUCUAGUACGGACUGUGUUUGCGCUGUCCAAUUUGUUCUGAUAACAGAAAUUCCUCAUUUGCGAAAGGAGCAUGGUACAUGUCCUUUAUGAACCUGCAAGUAUGUUGACAAAAUGCACGUGUAACAACACAAUAAAAUACAAAAAUAUAUUGUCCAAAACCU